AUAUAGAGUAUAUGUUAUUCUUUUUAAGCGUAUGGUAUACUGCCGCAAAACUUAGGGUUUACACAUAAACUAUUUCUCUUCCAUUAAUUCUCUAGGAGACUAGGGUGUGAACUAGCAUUAUAUUCCCUAGUAGAGUAUAUUCAAGGCCUUACAGUAAUCAAAGAACGAAGAAGGAUUCUCAAAGAAGAGGCUCGUAACAGCAAUCAUUCGAUCCUGGGGUUUUCGGAUCUUCCGCAGAAAUGACUACCGAGAAUUUGAUUGCUGAUCUCACCAAGGGAUAUAAACUAGAUGGGAAGAACUAUGACAUGUGGAAUAGGAAAAUUCAAUACCUGUUCGACUCCAAAGAUCAAACGGAACUGUUAACAAAUGAAAUGGUACAACCUCAAGAAGGUAAUUCUGUACAAGCCCGUCGUGACCUUGAAGCCUACGAAGCUUGGGUUAAGAAAGAUCGUCAUGCACGCUAUGCUAUGUUGAGUAGCAUGAAUGAUGAUCUUAUUGGAGAAUAUGAGAAUUAUCCAACAUCCAAGCAAAUGUGGGAUCAGCUAAAAUUUGAUUUUGGUGGUACGUCCACUACUAAACUUCGCAGCUUAGUGAUGAAAUUCGAGGUCUACAGAAAAGAUCUCAAGCAUUCUAUGACCGAACAUCUUAGGACGAUGUCGUCUAUGAUCCAUGAUUUAAAAUCUGCUAGGAAUGUUCUUACUGAUGAACAACAAGUUUUAGUUGUGAUAAGGUCAUUGCCUGAUUCUUGGGUGCAUAUGAAGCAAAUUUUGACUCAUAAUGAAGGCAUCAAGAAUUUUUCUGAUAUUUCUCGACACGUUGAGCUUGAGGCUGAGCGCCAAGAGGCGACACGUGUGGCUUCCUUGUAUGCUCAAGGUGAGCGCAAACCACAGGGUAAGCACAAGAACGAUAGCUGAAAAGAUGUCAGCAAGGCAGAAAAGACAUCUAAGCGCCGUCGUGGCAAGUGAGCUGGUAAAAAGGAUAAGUCCAAGAUGAAAUGCUACAACUGUAGUAAAAAGGGACAUUUUGGCCGUGAGUGCACUGAGCCUAAAAAGAUACGGGAGCAACAAGACAUGUAACUCGAGAUCGAGCGGGGUUCGUAAAUUAUCGACGUCUUUCACGUGGUACACAAAGAGUCUACAUGGGCAAUGACUCAAGUGAGGAAGCUGUGGGAGUUGGAACUUAUCAACUUCAUAUGCGCUCUGGACGCAUUUUAACACUUCAUGAUGUACUUUAUGUACCUGGAAUUCAUCAUAAUUUACUUUCAGUUAUUGCACUUCUUAGUUUUGGAUAUUCUUUUAAAAUUGAAGACAGUAGAUUGGACAUCAUUUAUGAUGGUAUUUUGUUUGGACAUGGUUAUUUAAGUAAUAACUUCUUUAAAUUAGAUUUGUUUAA